AGGAACCUGUAAAACAUGUCGGACGCUAUCACUGCUGAAAGUGCGCAUCAAGCAACAAGCAAAAGAAAACCACCAGAGGUAGAUGUUGAAGUGCUAGAGAUUGAAAAUCUCCCGGACCACUCAAAGCCGUGGGAAAACAUCCAAAGAGACUUUCUACCGGUCCAUUUUCUUCUGUUGACGGUAAAGGACUGCGAAUUUCUAAGUUGUCUUUCCUUUCUCAAAAAAGGUUUCGUGAAGAGUAAUUGCAAACCCCUUGGCAUUGUAUACUUUGGAAAUGUCCGUGACAAUAAGCACGAGGAAGUGAAGGUUGCAGUGAUGAAAUGCAAUAUGGGUGGUGCCGCUCCCGGUGGUCCCCUGAUUGUUGUCCCAAAGGCAGUCCGCAUCUUAAGACCGAAAGCUGUGUUUAGUGUGGGUUUCUGUGCUAGUUUAAACGAGAAGAAAGCAGAGCUAGGUGAUGUGGUCGUGUGCUCAAAGUUAAUUACCUACGCCUUCAUAAAACGAGAGGGAGAUAUGAUCCAGGAGCGAGGUGUUAAAGUUCCUUUAAAUAGGGAUUUGGCAGCUCUUGCCAGACACAUUGGAGAUGGAUGGAAACCACCAGUGAAGUACUCAACCGGUCAGAAGGUGAAACCACGCAGAGAUGGCGUAUUUCUGAGUGGGCCUGAGGUGAUUAACGACAGAAAACGACGUGAUGCACUGAUCAAACGAUAUCCAGAAGCAACAGCAAUUGAGAUGGAAGGGGAAGGUAAUUAAUGAAAAGUAAAACUACGUAUUUAUGAUUAUUUAUAUCUGUGAAGGGUCCUGUUUGGCCAUCUGUCUUUCUUUCUGGCUUUCUGCCUCUAAUGUCUGUUGGCCCCUUUUUUUGUCUGUUACACAUGCUAGGAUACAUUUAGCUGCUGAAUUAAGUUAAGUUCUAUCAUCAUUUCAUUUUUAUUUUUUAAAUUUUAUGCUGGAUUGUUGAUGGAUAAUAACUGUAAGUAGUAUUUUUGACCGCCUUGCCCCCAAAGAUGAAUAAAAAUUGCAAGUUACAUCAAAAUUAGCCCAACUUACAUUCAUAAUCAUAACAAUCGAUUCUCCCUGAGCUUGGAACGAAACAUGUCUAAGUGGCGGAAUAUCGGCUACAGUUAAACAGCAGUUGCAGGAGGAGUAAAAUCCACAUUAAAAAUAUCAAAAACAAAAACAAGAACAAUGAAAAUUAAAACUCUUGUGCCUUUUUUUUUUUGUUGUUGUUUUUUAUAUUUUACUUAGUUUUCGCUCUCUUCAUUUCUUCCUUACUUGCUCUCCAUCACUUUGUGAAACAACUUUUCAUAUCCAUCCCUUGAGGUCUCUCUGUAUGUCUGCGUUUCUUGCUGUUUAUGUGUCUCUAUAUUUGACCUAGUCGUUUCUAUUUGUCUGUGUCUCGCUGUUUCUAUCUGUCCUUCCGUGAGUCUCAUUUAAUUUUUUAAAAAGGCAAUUUAAAACCCCGGGGUCUAUUCAGUGUCUCUUAUAGGCCAAAAAAUGCUUUUCUUCUAGGUCUUUUCGUAGCUGCCCAUGAUCUCGACAUUGAGUGGAUUGUCAUUAAGGGCGUGUCAGACUUCGCCGAUGGGAACAAAUCUGAAACUGAUCUUUGGAGACCAUUUGCCAGUGUUAUGGCAGCGUCUCUAGUUUCACACACUCUAAAAGAUUCUAGAGUUUUUGAGUUCUGGCCUCACUUCGAAGGUAAGUGUUCAGUUGGUUGAAAAAGUAGAUACUUGUAUCGAGGGAAUUCUGUAUUCAAAAAAAUAAAAAAUUCAAACGCAAGUUAUAAUCAGCUUGACUCGGAUUUGCUGUAUGAAAACGCUAUUAAACCAUGUAAACUUUCUAGCGUAGGCGCAGACAAAAGUUGCAUGAUAUGAUUUACAAUGGCAACCGAUUCUCAAAACGAGCAACCCCAAGAGGCGUGAAGAAAACACUGCCGGUCCUGCAAAAAAAGAGCAAAGAAACAGAUGAACAUCAAAACAAAGAGAAUAAAAGGAAACAAAAAGUUUUUAAGAUCAUUGCUAACAAUCACCACUUGCGAGGUCUAAGGUUUAUUGAAUAAAUAUUAAAGUAAUAAUUUAAACGAUGGAUACAUGAAGAAUUAAAUGAUAGCCGCCUCGUCGCUUUCGGCCGUUUUAACGCUAUUUUGUCUAAUUUCUUUGUACUGCGUGUUGUGCACUGUUUUAUUGCUUCUAUUAUCAUUUUACAUAAUUAUUAUUAUUUUUAUUUGUUUUCUUUUUUAGGGCACACGCAUAAGUUUCAUUUAAUUUAUUUGACAUACCUGUUUAUCACCCUACUUGUACAACCUAUUUGUACAAAGACAGUUUUGGUUAGUUUUUAUGCAUAAAAGACAGUGAACCCAUACUUUGGUGCUCUUUUGAUCUAUUUUAGUCAAGAGGAUAACUGAAAGUGGUCUUUUUCAACCUCUUAAUUAUCCAGUGAAUUAAGAAGUGCAAUCUGGUUAACUGUAGGUACGAUUUCUUGUCAUUUUAUACAGACAAUUCGGAUGCUGAGGAUGGUUUUCCUCGAAAGAAACGACGGUCGUCAUCUUCUCCUUCCGGUUCAGACCCUAAAAGAAAGAAAGCGACAGCAGGUAAUAAUGUUUAAUUUUUAAGUACCAUGUUGUAAGAAAAUGCCUGCUCAAGAGUUUUGUUAAGUAGCAAGGAACAAAUUAAUUUCAACCUUUGUCGAAAUAUUUUGUGUUCGUGGCCCAUAUUAGCGAGUUGCAUGGCUAAAAAGUGCAUGUCUUUAACCAGAGUAUGAAAUGCAAGUGAUUCCGGGUAGCGAGAAGGGAGGGAGGAAGAAAGAGAAGGACGAAGAAAGAGAGGAAAGGAGAAAUUGAAGGGAAGAGAGAGAGAUAUGGGAUGGAUGGAGAGAGGAAGAGAGAAAAAGGGAGAGAGAGAGAAAGGGGGAGGGAGAGAAAGGGGGAGGCAGAAGGAGGAAGGGAGAGAGGAAGAGAACGAGAGAAGAAAGGAAAAAGAAAGCAGAGAGGAAGGAGGGAAAGAUAAAGAAAAGGAAAAGUUGAAGGGAGUGAAGGUACUGUUAAAUGGAAGAGGAGAGGACAAGGGGGGCUGGGGGGUAAGGGAGGGAGGAACUACGGAGAGAAGGCUGAGAGGGCAGAGGAACGGAGGGAGGAAAACGGGAAAGGGCGAUUAGAGGACAGAAGGGAGGCAAGGAGAAACAAUUUGACAGAAGGAAGGAAGGAAGGACAAAGGAGAUGAAGGAAGGAAAGGAGGGAGGGAAAGAACAGUGGAGGUGGGCAGAGAGUAACUCUAAUUCACUCACGUCUUUUAGGAGAAUCUUACGCAGAGGAUGCACAGCCCGAACCUUCAAAUCAAGGGGAACCGCGAUCCAUACGACCCGGUGAUAAAGCGCCGACUACUUAUAAAGGUAUUUCAUCUUAGUACCCUGUUUACUCUGUUGACGUUAAAUUUAAGAGAAAAUGGACGCUCCUAGGUUGAACUUUAUUUUGCAAAAAUGCCACGGUACGAAAGGCUUACUUUACACCGUUUAAUUCAUUCCCCAUUGAUUCAUUCCAUAACAAUUGUAUCGCAUUUGAAGAAAAAAAACCCUCAUUACGGUACUUCAGACGAGAGGCUGCUAGCUAGGAAACGUAGUUCAUGACCUCCUUAUUCAAGAUGGUUUUCGGGCCCUUCGCAAAUGAAGAGGUCAGAAUAGAUGAGUGUACUUAGAAGGCAUAUAAAUAUUGCUUCACUGGAUAAGGAAAGAGGUUUCAAACGCGACUUACUUUGUCUUAUAUGACACUCUGUGUCAUCCUGGAUAACCCGUUAGGAUCUGGCGGGAAAAACUUUGCUUUGAAAGAGAGAAUUAAGUGACUUUUAGCUACUGUAGCGAAUAAGUUUGUGAAAUAAGGACAUGAAGGAUUAACAGUUGUCCAAACAUGAUCCAUUUACUUAUUUUGAGAGCUUAAAGCUAGUCACUAGCUGGAAUCUCAUAUUUAGUAUUUUUAAUCAAACGUUAUUUUUCACUUUUGUUUCAUUUUUAACUCGUAGAUAAACGAUGGCGUAGAAACGAGUUGCUGUGGGCACUUUGAGAUAUGCAAAUUGCGUGGACUCUUCGUAAUUAUUCGUAAUUAGUCGUCUUCAAACUCGAGAUCUAUCCUUCCGAAGUCCUGGCGCCAUCGUGAUUGCAUCGAUCGUUGCGAUGUUUAUUGUCUUUACACGGCUGUUUCGACAUUUCCCAAAUUGAAAUGGAUUUCGAAUGUUUCAGAUUAGUGCUAUGAUCAACAUAAAUACCAAAUUUGAUGGGUCUACGAAUCGUCCAUGCGCUAAACGUAACGAGGAGCAGCAAGAAUUACGAAGAGUUUGUGAGUUACAAAUCGGUCUUUUCGUUAUGGUCGUUUCGUUUUGUUUGGUUUUUUUUUUCUAUGCAAACGUGACUGUUUUGGGGUGCAUUCCUUUGGAGAAUCCGGAUCAGGAUUUCUGAUCUGUGGCGUUCCCUAAGGAGCAAAUCCAUUUUCAGAUCAGUGAUCUAUCAAAUCCACUCUGGACAAGGAUUCAUCGGAUCACUGAUCUGCGUGAUCUAAAGACGGAUCAUUGGAUCAUUCAUCCAUCACAUUCCUUUGGGCGAAGGAUCCGAAAUUAAUCAUUUUGCCCAGCGGUGCUCAAUUUGAAAUAAGUGGGUACUUCAUAUAUUGACCGGAAAGAUUGUUGGCAAUCGCUCCACAAAUUCUGCGAUACACACGAAAUAAAAUAGAUUUUGUAAUGUUAAAUCGAUCGCCCACUGACCGCAGGUAUUUAGGGUUCCCAAGCAUCCAUAUCGUAAUCAAUACUUGCUUCUGUCUUAAUUCCAUUGUUUGAGUUUACCAUGAAAAAAUGUACGUGCUUCUAAUGAAUAGUGCUAAUUAGAACAAUUGUGUGCGCUAAAAGCCCGUGCAGUUAGACGAGCCAUUCAGGGAAGAGCUCAAGUACCCACGUGAUUACACAAGUCUUAAAUAGCACACUUUUUGGAAUUCUCUGAGAGUUCGUCUAAAACUCCGUUUCUUUCAUGCAUCGUGAUCUGUGGAAUCUUGGAUCUCAAAUCCUUAUCCAGAUCCUCCCAAAGGAACGCACCCCUGAUGGUAAGAAUGAAAUAUGAUAGGUUUCUACAAGCCGUUUCCGAGCACGUGACUAUUAUAUGGCCGGUGUUGUUUUGAUCGCUUGACGAGCUUUUUCGCUCAAAACACAUGACGACUUCCUAUUUCAAGGAAUGCUUUUCCAAUUAAUUUCUAUCGCAUCCGUUUAAAAAAAUAAAAGCAAAUCCGUGUACUGAAAAACAAAAGGGAAAUUAAAAACUACGAGAAAUCGCGAGUAAUCGGCCUCUUCUGCUUACAAGUUCGGUGUAACAUGCUAGUAUUUCCUAUAUGUUACAAGUAAUUCACGCACGUGGGAAUGCUGCAAUCACGGUGGUUAUUCUCAACCUGGAGUAAAUAUGUGCUAUAUUUUGCUUCAUCAUUCUUUGCCAUUUCUACACUCAAAUAUUAAUUCAGAGAAGGGGAGGGAGGGGGUGGGUGAGGGUUAAAAUUCCAAGAGAUAGGCUAACAAUGUGCCGCUGGAUAGGGUCACACUUUCACGAUUGCAUUGACUUUUAUGGCAUUGCAUUUUCAGAUAUUUUCAAUAGAUUUUCUAGAAUGGAGUUACACAUUUGUUAGAUUUUAGACGUAAGAAAAUUAUGGCAAGUAAGGAUUCAUAAACAGGAAGAUUCAUGGUAAAAAAGUUGUUAUCGUAUUUUAAUAUUUAAUAAACGGCUCCCAUUCCAUUCCGGUCUUGCCCAAAAGCGUACAAAGAUGGGGUCUAUAAUUGGCCACAACAUAGGCUAAAUUGCGGUAGUGGUUCUGAGAAGCCAGCUGUACAUACCCAGCAAAAAGUGACCCAUGUACCCCGCCCCCCGGGGAGUUUCCAUCACAUAUUCAUGUACGAUAAUUUCUAUACUUGCAAUGAUUCUACUUUCUACCUUUUUUUAACACCUUAGUUUAAUGAUAGCAACUUUACAUGUAUAUAUCUCUUUAAUACUUUAUCCGCGAGUUAGCCACAGGCGCCCUCUGAUUAAUUAUAUAUGUUGUAUUAAUUAUUCCUGCUUUUAUAGUAUUCAUUAGCGAAUGAUCGAAAUUGUUCACGAAUACAUCUAACUGAGGUAGACACCUCAAAACUCGAAUAAAGUGAUCAACUUGUUUUACAGUUUAGACAACUUCUUUCUAUGGAGUAAGUAUAGAGUUCGUAAUUCUGUCAAGAAUUUUUUUUUUUUUACGAAUUAAAGCUCUCGUAGAAAUCCCCUGACUUCAAUUGAUAUUGGUGGUAAUUCUUAUGACGAGCUCUACUUUCGGUCACAAUAUAGUCACGAUUUUAUUUCAUUACCUCUUUGUACUAAUAUAGUCAAAACAAUAAUAGCUCUUUGACAUACAACAACACAAAUCCAUGCUGGUUAAUUCGAGGCUUUAAUUCGAGUUAACAAUAACGAGCUCUCUGCCUCUCCAGGACAUUUUAGUACCACACGAGAAGCGAUUGAUUAUGAAAACAUUUAAAGCAAAAAAACAAAAUCAAACAUUAAAAGAAAAGCAAGAAGAAACGUAAGGCAAUCGUCCGUGCGAACGUUUGUCCUUCUGUCUGUCCUUCCAAUUCUCCGUCUGUCCGACCGUGCGCCCUCCUGUAUAUGUUGUUUGCCAUAAAACUUGGAGGAAAACUACCCCAAACGUCGCAACUGCUUUUGUUUUUUUUUUUUUUUUUUUGUCUUUCUCGAGAAAACAUUAACAGGUUGGGAAAAGAGAAUGUUUGGUAUAUUUGGCCAGAUCAAAAAGCUGAAAUGUCUAGCCAAAGAUUAUCAAUUGAAGAGAAUCAUGACAGUUUUGAAAAAAUUAGUCCAAAGUGAUGCAUUGCAUUCCUCUCAAGAGUUCGAGGAAUACUUCUCUGAGAGGAAGAUUGACGUUGACCAAUCAUCCAUUUAUUAAUUAGAACAAGAAUUACUUUAUUAAAAACAUCCUAUAAACACUAACUGCACUUUUUCAAUAUUCAGUCAAGAAUGGCACGCCCACUGAGGAAGAAUUAUAUGCAAUUUCGAAAAACAUCGCUGAGGGCUGGAAGCGACUUGGAAGACGUUUAAAUAUUGCGGAAGCAGAGCUGGUCGAAUUUCACAAAAAUCAUGAAGAAUACACCGAAAAGCCAUAUCAAAUGUUGCUUUAUUGGAAAAGAAGAGAGGGUGAAAAGCAACCUACAAAAGCAACCUACCUUGUCUUACAUGACGCCCUAUGUCAUCCCUUUGUAGCCCGUAAGGAUCUGGCGGACAAAAUUUGCCGUCAAUUACAGAAUUAA